GAACCUGAAAUAAAACACACUCUGAAUUUUAUAAAUGAUCAAAUAAUUUCUUCACAUUUUUUUGUUUGUUUGUGAAUCUCUGUUGUUCCUAACCCAAAUUUCCGUUAGUUAGCAAUCGGAAAUCGGAGUAACAUUUUGGUGACUAAUGAAAAUUCACCACCCUAAACCCCUCUGACCCGUCUGCUUCAACCUCCAGCUCCGUGCUCUCCGCCGCCGCGGCUCUGUCAUUUCUCUCUCAGCGUCGCUGGCUGUCGCUCUCUGCCACCAGGCCCUCCCGCUGUCACCGUCGCGCCUUUUUGCAGGGCCGCACAAGGCAUUUACACUUUCCAGUUACCCACUUUAGUUCUGUUGAUGGUGUAGAGCUUCACCAACAUUGUACCCUGACCCUGAAAAUCUGAAGCAACACUCGCCCCAAAAAGGCAAAAAUGCGUUAUCCUACAACAUUGACCGUUUUAUGCGCUGCAUUUCUUUUGCAGAUACCAUCGAUCGCUUCAAUUCCGGUUCCUAGUUCCAAUUGCUAUACUUUCGAUAAUUCUAGUCGUAUUGUUGAUUUCACUAGCUGGAUCGGAUACCUGUUUGAGUAUGAUGUAAAGGAAGGUACUGACUUAGCGGUCCGAUUCUGCAAAGAUGUCGAGAGUAGAUCACAAACGGGAUAUGUUGAUUUUGGUCGAUUUGAUAAAUACAACUACUUUGUUGCUGGUUCACACGAAUCUGACUUUGUUCAAGAGUUCUAUAAUGGUGACUUGAUGGGUUGUGAGCAAAGUUAUGAUAAAAUGGGACGGACAGCUCAGGUCAAUAUCAUUUGUGGGAGUUGUUUGAAUGGACAAUGUAAAGGUCGACCUGGAUGCAUAUGUAAUGUCACUUAUGAAUCAAACUGCAGAGUUUCAGUUGAACUUGCUUUACCAUGUGAAAAACCGGGCCCACAAGUAUUUCAAGGCUUCACGGUUGGUUUUCAUCCACGAUCAUGGGAAAUUGUUUAUAAUGGCAUGACACAAUUUGGUUUUGAGAAACCCAACCGUGAUUUUAGCUUUGAUGCAGGGCAAUCUCAGGUAGUCCUUUUUAUGACUGCAGUAGCUUCGCACUCAUCCUUAGUUGGAAAGCCUAGUUUGAAGGUUCUUCCAGAGAAGGGCUUGGAAAUUAGAUUGUCUGGAUCUGCCAACCAUGGGAAGCCUCCUACAACUUUGUCACCCACAAUGUUGAUUGUGGAUUGGAGAUGCGAGGUAGUCCGUGAUACUCCAUAUGAAGUUAAUAUAACAAUCCCAAUUGAGGGUUAUGAGAGUAUUGAAUUUGUGCUUACAAAACUGUGCGACUAUACACAGGAAGAAGGUGAAGAUGCCAGAAAAGGAUGGGCAAUAUUUGGGGUGCUUUCUUGCAUAUUCUUUGUCUCUUCAACCCUCUUCUGCUGUGGAGGGUUCAUUUACAAGACAAAAGUGGAACGCCAGCGUGGAAUCGAUGCUUUGCCUGGCAUGACAAUCCUAUCUGCGUGUUUAGAGACAAUUAGCGGAGCAGGGCAAAGCUACAUGCGGCCGGAAGAGCAAAAUAGUGCCUUUGGUGGCGAAGCCUCUUGGGAGCGCCCUCCUCCUAGUUCAUCUCAAGGUGUAUGGAGACAGGCAGAAAGAAGAUAUGGCUCCAUUUGA